AUGAGUGACGAAGAUUCAAAUAGCUCUAGUAGGAGUAGUGAGAGUUGCAGAAUUAGAUCUAAAAGACUUAAAAGCAAAUAUGACGAGUUUUUCGAAAUAACUCAUGCGUCCCAAAUGGGUAUGUGUAAAUUGUGCCAACAUAAGAAAGUCGAAAUAAAAAUGAAAAACAGAAACACUUCAGGCUUAAGAAAGCAUCUACUAUCUUUUCACGAGAAGGAAUCGCAAAUAUUUCUUCCUGUAAGAAAACCAACAUCAAGUCAUAGUCAAAGUGGAGAUAUCACAAGGUUUUUAACAACCACUGCAAUGAGUAGACAGUACGUAGUCCUCAGCGUGGCAAUUAUGGGCAACUACACCCCGAGUGGGAAGGCCUUUGUCCAGCAGUGGACGUUCUACGGCUGA